AUGGCAGACAUGAACGAGGUCUUGGAGAGGCAAAUGCGACAAUUUACAGAAAGAAGGCGUAGACGAGUUGCAGGCAAAAGGGCGCAGGCAGAACUGGAUAUGCAAAUUGUCACAGCAGUGGCUAUGCAUGAUGAAGAAAACCAGAGCUGCCGUGGUUCACGAGAAGGUCGUGGCUCGAAUGUGGACAGACAUAGACAUUCUCGGGUCGAAACUCUGUACACUAGGGACUACCUGCGCAGACCUACGCCCAGGGACCUCCAACGGCUUCUACAAAAAGCAGAAACUCGAGGAUUUCCAGGAAUGAUUGGUUUUGACACGUGGGUUUGGCAUGCUUUCUUCGGAGUUGCCGGAUCUCAAAAUGACUUGAACGUCCUGGGUCAAUCCUCGGUGUUCAAUGACGUUUUGAGAGGUGAAGCCCCAAAUAUCACCUAUCAAAUCAACAAUACCGUCUACCAAAAUGGGUAUUAUCUAGCUGACGGCAUCUACCCGAGGUGGACCACAUUUUUCAAGUCAAUUCUACAUCCCCGAUCCCAGAAGCAAAAUUUUUUUGCUACCUAUCAAGAGGGGUACAGAAAAGAUGUGGAGAGGUGGUUUGGUAUCUUCCAAGCGCGAUGGGCUAUUAUUAGGGGUACAUCACGUCUGUUUGAUGAGGAGGUGCUGAGGAGCAUAAUGAUGACAUGCAUCAUCCUCCAUAUCAUGAUUGUGGAAGAUGAGUAUGAUUAUCUAGCUGAAGACGUGUACGAACCGGAUCCAAUGAACACGGCCUUGACACGAAUUUAUGAAAAACCCAUGGGGCCAAAAGGAGAACCAGUGCAGCAUGAACCGUUGGUUAGGGACGGUCGUGUAAUGACCCGUAUGAUUGAUCGAUAUACGGAGAUGCAAUCGUUUUAUAUUCAUGAACGACGUCAAGUUGACUUGAUGGAGCAUUUAUGGGCGGUGAAGGGAAAUGACGGCGAAUGA